AUGUACAUACAGCAGGACACAGCAAUCGAACCCACCUCACAGCCAUCGAUCGAUCGAGAAUCGGUGACCAGCAGCGAAGAGUACUUCCGUCUGGAGGUCCUAAAAGCGACGUCCACGCACACACCGGGCCGAACGGUCGAACGUCGCACAACCAACACCAACCGUCCGCCACCACCCUCCACAGCAGCCGCCGACCGGGUACAGCGUUUCAUAUUCAAACUCAACUCCAUCAUCCUGAGCGACAUCGAGGAACGGGUCGACGAGGACGGUAGCAUCGUGCGGCAGCUCGAACGGAACCCGGACCGUGUGGUUGAGCUGCUCAGCAAAUCUUCCCUCGAAACUAGUGACAACGAGGACGACGACCACAGUGACGGUGUUGCGAAAUCGCAUGGGACGGUGAAUACCCGAAAAGCACGUCGAAAAAUGCCCAACGGCAUACGAAGACAGCAAUCGAUUUCCCUUGACGAUACCGCAGACAUGAACCCUUGUGAGCGCACAAAAACGCAUCCGGGUGACCUGCUAAGCCAAAGGGACGAAUCAUUGGACCAGGAACAGGAGAUGGUUCUACUUCGAGACAUACCGCCCGCAGUAAGGCUGAGAGCAUUGAUGCGAUUUAAAUCGCUCGACGCUUCCGACCGAACCAUUUCGACGGAACGCAACGGUCGACGGCGAAUGAAGUCUGUCGACACGAUUGAUGCCAACGAGGAGGAUGAGCAGGAAGAGGAGGAUGAGAAGGACGACGAGGCGGAUUGCAAUACGUUCCACGAUGUGCCGUACGACCCGGAAGAGGAGGAACGCAUCUGUGCCGAACUUCUCGAGGAGCUACGGCAACUGGAGCAAGCGGAUCGGAACGAUGUCCAGCCUGUGGUCGACAAUGAGCCACAGAACGUCGAGACGAUGGACAACGACCAAUCGAUUGCUCGUAACGAUGAUGGUCAUAAAACUGCCUGGGAGAAACUGCAAGACUAUUUGCAACGCGUGCCGAAACGGCGCAGCAGUAAUUACGAUCUUUUCUACGAAAGUGACGAGGACACGCUCAAGACACUGUUCAAGCGUCACAAGCUGAAACUACUCUUUCACUAUAGUGAUAGCUCGAGUGAAGCGUCGGACGAUACGCUGUGA